GCGGGGCGGCGCGCACGCGGCGCGGGCGCCUCUGAGGGGCCGGGUGCGGAGCCCCGGGUGCGGAGACCCGGGCCGGGCUAAACGGAAGCAGCUCUUGCUGUGCUGCUAGUGAUGCUGUCUGUAUCGCUGCUAACGCGUGAAGAAGAGCCCUCGACUUACUCUACACCAGGACACAGCCAUUGUCUGCUGGAUCUGGGAGCACCGGUGUUCAUGCAGUACGUGGAUGGGGAUGUCUGCUGGAGCUGCUGGGUGCGCACAUCAUCCACCUUCACUUCCUUCUGGGGGUGUUAACCAACAUCCUGGGGCUCAUCCUAAGAUGAGAUGUUUGUUAGAGAAAGGGUUUCUGAUGCCAUCAGGAGCAGCACCUGAGAUGACUGCAGUGGAGAAGAUCGAGGAGCAGCUUGCCAGCCUGCGCAUAGCGAAACGUUCUGCGCCAAGUGAGGAACCCGCUUACGUGCUGGAUAUAGACGUUUCCAAACCUGCUGAGUCCGAAAGCGGCCGCUUUGUGGCAGCUUCGUGUUCCAGUAAGUCCAUCAGGGUAUAUAACAGGGAAACAUUAGGCUUCCUGAGGGAGUACCACGGCCAUCCUGGGGUACUUGCCGGAGUCAGGUUUGCCCACACCUGUGACAGCCUGGUGUUGUCAGCCUGCGGUGACGGUACAGUAAAGUGUUGGGAUAUUCGUUUAGCAAGUCAAAAAGCUGUGCAGGUGUUUAGUGGGUAUCCUUCCAACGUUUUCAUCAGUUUUGAUAUCAACUGCAACGAUCUCAUAAUCUGUGCUGGAACAGAAAAAGUUGAAAAAGACACAUUUCUGGUGUUUUGGGAUGCAAGAGGCAUUACAAACUGCACCAGUGCUAGAGAACCAUUGGGAGUCUAUUCUGAAAGUCACAAUGAUGAUGUCACUAAAAUUUGUUUUCAUCCUGUUGAACCCAGCUUGGUAAUUUCUGGGUCAACCGAUGGGUUAGUCAAUGUGUUUGACAUUAACAAGGACAACGAAGACGAUGCUCUGGUAUCAACUUGCAACUCGGAUUCAUCAGUAAGUUUUAUUGGCUGGUCUGGGAAAGAUUAUAAACAGAUCUACUGCAUGACACACGAUGAGGGGUUCUGUUGGUGGGACAUCGCACAGUUAGAGACCGAAGAACCAAUAACACUGUUGCACGUUCUGGAUGUCAGAGACACAGCCUGCAUUGAAAAUGAUGGCUUACAUUAUCUGGUAGGUGGCUUGUACCAUGAAAAGGCAGACAAGCUCUUUCUUGUGGGGGGAACGUCCACAGGAAACAUUCACCUCAUCAGCUGCAGCAGCAACGGGCUCAGCCCAGUGGGUUCCCUUUGUGGAGGACACUCUGCCACCGUGCGCUCUUUCUGCUGGAACCUGAGAGAUGAGUCUCUGUUGACGGGUGGAGAGGAUGCUCAGCUGUUGCUGUGGAAACCUGGAGCUGUGGAAAGGUCCCUCGCAAAGAAAGCGUCUCUGAAGAUUGCUUCUUCCGUGCAGAAGAGAGUAAGAGUUCACAAGAGCUCCCUCAAAAGCAGGAUAAAGUAAAAUUCUGAGGGCAAGAAUCUCUGCUGUGCGCAGUUGUCCUGGUCCUGGAUCUCUCCAGCACUGCUUGGCUGAGUUUUAUUUGCAGGUAUUUGUGGAAAGAGCUGUGGUGCUUGAAUUCUACCUGGGAGCCUGUUUCAGUCAUCAGAAGCAUGCCUUGCUUUGGUUGCUUUGGGUUUUUUUCAGGGUGAUAAUAUUAAUCAGAAAAGAGUAAAAGCUUGUUCUCAAGUUCUUGAAUUAAUAGAUCUUAAAUCAUAUGAUAUAAAAAUGUUUAUGGUUGUUUAGUCUCAGCCAACAUUUUUAAUGCAUAAUACAGGCCUGUGGCUUGCAUAAUUUGUUACCUUCCCUCUGAAAUUCCCUGGCAUGCUUGAGAAGCUUUUGUAUUUCAUGCUGUAUUUUGCUUUCUUUGUAGAGAACUUAAUGAAACUGCUCAAUACAUUAAAAGAUUUUAUGUCACGUCUCAGUCCCCAAGAGAAUUACUUCUUGAUGAAACAGAAAAUGAGUCCUAUUUUGCACUGUCAUAUCACAGGUUUAUAACAGGCUCAUAAAGAAGCAGUUGAUGGAGCCAUAUUUUUCAUAGCAAAGCUAUGAAUGUAUUCAACCAAGUGAGAACACAUGGUUCUAAGCACCUCAUUUUUAAGUGUAUGAGAACUGUUAAAUUGGCAUUAUUAUUUUGGGCAUAUUUCCUGCAUGAAAACACCCAAGGGGCUUACAAGCAGCUUUGUGCUCUCCUGCUAAGUGUGUCUCAGGGGAGGGUGGGUGCACCUGGAAGACUUUGGGAGAUCUUCAAUGGGUUAUAGAAAUUGAUGAGUGCAAUUACAGCAGCGGUGCUGAAAAUCCCAGAUCCUGCAUCAGAAAUAGGCUGAUAUGGCAUGCUGAGUGAGAAUGGCAAACCCCUAAAUGAGCAGUACUUUCUGGGACUGUGCUGUGGGAGCAACAGCCUGGUAUGAGAAAACCUUUCAGAGGUUUGUGUGUGGCCUUUAAGAUAUGUUUCUCUCUGCAAAGGGGUUUUAGGCUGAGACAUCUCCCUCAGCCAGCUUUCCUUUAGCAUUCCAUCAAAUACCUAUGAAGUGGUGCAAAAAUUGGUCUGUACUGCUGGAAGUGCUGGAGUGUUUAUGCUCAUACUGCUCUGCUGGCAGGUGAUGAUCUAUGCAUCUGGCUCAGCACAGGCCAUUGCCCUCAGCCUUCUGGGGACCACGCAGCCAGACGAGGGGUGGCAAUUGUGCCAAGGCUCACAUGUGACUGUAGCAGAGACCAGCACGGGGGUAUUUCAGAACUGCUCUUCCUGAGUGGCUGGCAAAGGCACAAAGAGAAGUUGGGUUUAUUUUUUAUGCCUGAGGACAGAUAGAUACUUCUUUCAAAACAAGUUUAGAAUGUCAGGUUUAGAGGAUUAGCCUGGCAUUCAGAAACAGUUUCCGAGGUAUAGAAGAUAGCACCAGUAUAUGGUUACAGCUGUGCUGGAGAUGCUUUAACAUCUCUGGAAAACAAUCCCAUUCAGCAGAAGUAUCCAGUUUCCAGUUGAUGUGUUUCACAAACUGUUGGUGUCCCUCAGCCACAGGUAUGCAUCUGGAGUUGUUCUAGGUCUGCCUCUUGAAGAUAAUUAAGAUGAUUCGCUUCCUUUUGUUACUGAUGGUUAUUUGAAAGUGUUUGUUAAUUUGUGCUAAAUGCAAGUUACACCCAACAUCCUUAGCUUUUGGCUUUCAAAUUACUGUGUGCUAUUUUGAGACAACUUGGGCAGUGAGCGUGGGGCCUGUGAUGUGCCUGGACUGGGUGGCCUUUCAAGAUUUAUUCUCCCAGGUCAGUAGUUAUUGCCUAUUUUUGUGGAAAUCAUGGGUUUGUGACCAGCCAAAAGCUUAAGCCGCCUCUGAAUUCACUGUAGUGCCUCACAGGCCUGGCCUGGUUCCAUAGCAGCAGCUGGAGAUGGGGAACUCAAGGAUGAUUUUGUGACCUAUCUCAAUUGCAGGUAUGAUAUAUAACUUGUUUUGAGGUGCUGAUCUGCUCUCUUUUCCUGGUAUCGUGACACACUCAGUGCAUUAAGGUCAUUGCGUCUCUCUGAUGCUCAAUUUCUUGCACAGUGUUGUGUGCUACACGCAGAAAUGCUCAGAGAGGGAGCUUUUGGUUGCCUCCACUUGCUCUCAACUGUAUGUGGAGCCAGAUCCUGAUGUGCUCUGCCAACUGUCUCUGAAUUAAAGCAGCAGAGAUAGCAGUUCUGGUACUGAACUGUUUGAAGUAUUCAACCUGUGUCUGUGACCUUGUUGCUGGACCAGACUAAGAUAUAACAAAUCCAUACCCAUCCCAGUUAAAGCCAUGCUUUUCCCAGAGAUGUUGAUUUCUCCCUUUUACACACAUAACUUCAAUAGCAAGGAAAGGGGAAAAUGUAUUUAUGUGUCUUAAAAUUCCGCACAAGCACAGCAGCUGUCAGGAGAUUCAGGCUUGUGUUGCCUCUGAAAAGAUUUGAUUCUUUUUCUUUCAUGUUGUCUAAAUUUCAGAUUAAUAUCCAUAAAACAAGCAUAGAUGGAAACCUCAUGUUAAUGACUAAUUAGUGUUGCUUGCUUGUGUAAACUGCAAACAGUAUUUUAUAGACUACAAAGUGCAUGCAGGAUAUGUGUGUAAUCAUAUAAAUACUAAUGGACUUGAAAUCAAAUCAGGCAGGUCAACUUCUCCAACUGUGUUUCAUCUCUCAGGUUAGUUUUGCUCUCUGUAUGUUGGCUUCAGCGUUGUUAAGAAACAUACCUGACCUUUAAAGAACUUCUGUAAUUGAGACUAUGUGCAAGGAGCAGGCAUUCAGAAAUCACCAUGUGAACUGUUUAACCCCAGGGGAAGCUUUAAUUGUUUUUUUUUCCUGUAGAUGAAAAGCAAAACUCCAGAUAGACUACCCAAGUGCCAAAAAAAGUGUCCAUCUUGAUUUAGAGAUGGCAAACCGCUUGUGCAGUACUUGUGAGCAGCAGGGGAUUAUCCUGCUGUGAACACGGGAGAGUAAACUUAAUUGUGUUUGAAAUGUUCCUAAAUUUCCUCUUUGUUUCUUUUUCUUUUCUCUGCAAGUAAAAUCUAACACUUGCCCACUCCCUGUCACUGUGUUCAAGGUGUGUGCCCACUGAAUACAAGGUUGUCACCUC